UGGAGGCCCUAGAAGUAUUUAAUCCAGGAGAUGUGCCCAUGUGGGUGUCACACGGCAGAGAUUCAGGCACAUGCAGGUACACAGUAACGACAAUCUGUUGUGUGCCUUCAGAGACUGGGAAAGAACGUAUCAUUUUAAAUAUGGAGGACGUGCUUUUCGACCUGGAUCAGGAUGGCACUACUGAUUAUGCCUUUUGGGGACAAAUGGACCAAAACAUCCAGUUCCAGAGCCAGCUGGACAACUUCCUGCUGGACUACAACACAGCCGGACAGCUGUCACCCUGGUCCAACCUCGGCAGUCAGUCCAUGUUCCCGGACGCACAGCUGACCUUCACCGACCUCGACUUGCAGUCUCCGGGGGCAGACGCGUGCGCUGACGGGGAAAGCUCCUCCAUGGACGACCCCCUGGAGGUGACCAAGCACAGUGCGCGGCGGCUGUCUGCAAACCCCCCCUAUAAGGUGCAGCGGCAUGCCGCCAACAUCCGCGAGAGGAAGAGGAUGCUGAGCAUCAACUCUGCCUUCGAGGAACUGCGCUGCCACGUGCCCACGUUCCCCUACGAGAAGCGGCUGUCCAAGAUAGACACCCUGAGGCUGGCCAUCGCCUACAUCGCCCUGCUGAGGGAGAUCCUCAUGUCAGGCUGCGACCCCAAGUCCUACGUAGACGACUGCAUGAAGAGCGGAUACAAGAAUCACACUAACGCCAUCUGGAACACAAGCGACCUGACAGCCCGCCUCUCUUGGAUAAAGUGGGAUUAACUGAGAAACAUGGGGGUGCCCUGAGAGUGGAGAUUGCAGCGGAGAGGAGGUUCAGAUUUGUUUCUCUGUCCCUCUCUGUCAACAUGUCAAAGACAGGCAUUCGUCCCGCAUGACCGACAUCUGCAGACUUCUCAUCGGGUCACACACCUCAGGCUUUUCUAAAACCUCACCCACUUCCCCGUCCUCCGUGGCUUUUAAUAUUCUAAUUUAUUGUUGACUGGUUAAUUGAGAGCCAUUGUUUCUGAGGCCGGGGUGGGAAAGAGGGUUGGCAUUGUUUGCCCAAAUAGAUGGCACUUGUUAAAGAGGGAGAGGGGCACACUGGCAUGAGGCUGAAUGGACUUCCUGAGGGCUCAUACUUCUGCAUGAAGCAGCUGAAGUGUUUUCUGGACUCACGCUCAUUAGUGUGCGAGGCAAUGUGUUAAAAGAGCCUUGAUCAUGUAAAUGAGACAAUGGGCGUGAGAAGCAGAUCAGCGCGAUGUGUUUUAGCAUGUCAGGUGCAACAUGGCAAUAAGGCUAGGCUAAAGUAUUUAACAUGAAAACUCUGAAAUCUCUUGUAACAUUUAUUUAUGUAUAUAUUUAUUUAUUCCUUAUUUUGUGUAUUUAUGACAAAAUACUUUUUGGGACAUGUUUUUUUGACAUAUUUUGAUUAUUUAUUUCAUUUUUAUUGUGAUUUAAUGUACAUUUGAAGCUAUUUCAUGCUUUGGAAAAAUGUAAUUUAUUCUCAAAUCAGCACAGACGUCGAUGUGAUAAUUUAAUGUAUUUGUAUUUGUGAUCAAUGAUCAUUUCUCAGGAUCAUAAAAAGCACAUUUUCUCCGCUUUGGUUUUCUAUGAUAUAUUUUUGAAAUACGGAUUUUAACUGUUUCAGGGGUUAUUCAAGCACCUACAUCUCUCUCUGUCCCCUGAUUUCUCUACCUGUUAGUAUUA